AUGGCGGAACUUAGAUCUUGUAGAGUGAUACAAUCGGUAAAGCCCUUCACGCACACCGGGUCUGAUUUUGCUGGUCCGUUUAAGGUCACGCUCACUCGCGGGCGUGGUAUAAGAUCCACAAAGGCUUACGUCUGCAUUUUCGUAUGUCUAACUACUCGAGCAGUGCAUAUAGAACUCGUUGGUGAUCUAAGCACAGCAGGCUUUAUGGGUGCAUUUAAAAGAUUUCUAUCGCGCAGAGGCCCUGUAAGUAAAUUAUAUUCGGAUAACGGUACGAACUACGUCGGUGCAAAACGUAUUCUAUCGGAACUACACGAGCUCUUAGCUAGCAAGUAUUAUAAUUCGGAGUUCGCUCACAUUCUAGCCGAGAACCGCAUUGAGUGGUCUCUGAACGUCCCAGCCGCGAGUCAUUUUGGGGGCAAUUGGGAGACUAAUAUUAAAAGUCUAAAGAGCCACUUAUACCGAGUAAUAGGAGAUCAAAUUUUGUCCUUCGAAGAGCUAAGUACGGUGCUCGCUCAAAUUGAAUGCGUAAUGAAUAGCCGCCCACUUUGUCGGACGUUAUCUAGUGACCCCUCGGAACCGCUGGCUUUAACUCCAGCACAUUUUUUGACUUUAACGCCUCUAAGGUAUCUGCCCGCCGCGGAUAUGGAUGAGAACAGACUUAGCAUUUCCACACGCCACAAAUUAUUAGAUCGGUUAGUGCAAUCGUUUUGGAAACGAUGGAGGAUGGAAUACUUGCAUACUUUGCAGUCUCGGCAAAAAUGGAACACAGCGACAGAGCCUUUAGCUGUAGGAACCGUAGUUGUGCUCACUAAGGAGAAUACGCCGCCUCUCCACUGGCCGUUAGGAAUCGUCGAGGAGGUCUUUCCCGGUUCCGACGGAGUAAUUAGGAUAGCUCGCGUUAAGACCACGGUUGGGUCUUACCUACGUCCUGUUAUCCGUUUGUGCCCAUUGCCUCUUCCAUAA